AUGUUGGAGGGCGACAGCGGAAACAAACCGGGCUUUCGCAAGCUUAAGGAGGCGGGGCGCGCCGCCACGGGCUUGCCCGUGGUGCGUGCGGUGGUCGGUGGCGGCGACGGCACCGUGAUGUGGGCCGACUCGGAGGGGCAGAAGCAUGGUAUCGACACGCCCAAGCAGGUGGCGUGGGGCAUCGUGCCCUUGGGCACUGGCAAUGACUUUUCCCGAGUCGCUGGCUGGGGUGCUCCCUGCGAUGACUUUCUGAUGCGUGGCACACACGACCUGUGGGACCGUUUCAUGGGCACCGUGCAAUCGGGGCCAGGUGGAAACAAUCCUGAGGGCGUGGAUGCCAACGACUUCGAGCUGCUCAAAGACUUGGUGCGGCAGUGGGACCGAGCCAAGGUUCGACACCAUGACGUUUGGGAGGUGUCGGUGAAUCUUGACGAAUCUGAAGGGAAGCUCUUCAAGAUCGGCAAGACGCAGGUGGAAGAGGACCUCAAUGUCACCAGCAAGACCUUCCACAUGGUGAACUACUUCUCCAUUGGUUGGAACCUCAAAGGGACUCGAAGAAGCGCUCAGCCUGCUGCGACCGUCAAGUCCUUCCGUCAAGAGUCUCAGGUAGGCAUGCAUUUCGACAAGCACCGAACCAAGAGCCAGACGUGCAACCUUUUCGUUUAUGGUAUGGCUGGCUGCUUGCAGGAAAUGAGGUGUUGGAGCGUCCAGCACAUCGGCAACAUUGUGUCCAACCUCUACCAGGGGAAGGACAAGAAUGGGACACUGAUCAUGGAUAGCGAGGGCGACCUCGGUGAGCCGCACGGCCUGGUUUCAACCGCGCUGGCACAGCGGGGCACAGUGGGGCCCGAGGUCAACAGGAGGCCACAGCUCAUUGGAAAUCCCGAGAGUUUGAUGUUCUUGAACAUCAGCUCCUACGCUGGUGGGAAGGCACAUUUGUGGCAGCUUGAGUGCGACAUUGGUGUGGAUCCACCCCCGGCGGAGACUUCAGUGAACGUCGUCCAGGAUCCCGGCGACGGAAAGCUGGAGGUGGUGACACUGCCUUUGAUUGCAAACAUCGCCAUGGACAAGCUUGUCCAUCAGGCCCGGAAGGUUUGCUCUGGCGGGCCCUACUUCCUUGAGUACUUUCAGAAUGAUGACGAUGUCCACUGCUUUUUCGAGGUAGACGGAGAGUUUUACCACGCAGUGAACCCUGAGAGCACCUCUGUGUACUUGUACAAGAAGCUGCAGGUCAAGGAGUACUUCAAAAAUUCACAAGGGAUCCGGGCUCGAGCCUUAAGGCCCAUAACGUUGAUCAGCACGAUGGAAGUGCAGCUGAUGGAUGAGGGGAAUGCUGUGGCCUUCGUUUGGAGCGCUUGGCGCUGUCCACCUUGGUUGACCGCGCCUUGGUUGACCGCUCCCGACUUGAAGCUCUUCAUCACGUGUUCAUCACGGGCAAGAUGGUGUGUCCAGCACUUCGCAGGCGGUGCAAGGCAGUUUAUUUCCCGUGUGUCCAGCUUCACUGCAGAUGAGAGUGAGUCACGCAGAUGUGGACUGAGAAGCCAGGGGCAGAGCGGGAGGGUCGGGAAGAUGAUUGCGGCCUGGCACCUCCAAAAGAUUUGCAUGAUUUGCUGGGCACAAACCAUGGGCGCCCCGAAAUGGCCGUGGAGCUUUUUGUAG